AUGCUGCUCACACCAUAUCAGAAGGUAGCAUUGCAAGAAGUUGUUCAGGAGUUUCCCUCGUUCGAAAAGCUAGGACUAGGUCAAACCAGUUUAGUGACGCACCAUAUAGACACGGGGGAUGUGGUGCCAAUUAAAAAUUUGGCGGGUCCAAUGACAGAUUGCCUUCGAAAGUCACCUGGUCCAUUUAAGUUAACUCCUGAGGUAGUUGAAGCAUUGGGAAAGCUUAAAGUUGCACUCUGUUCAGCGCCUGUCCUGGCACAACCCGAUUUUACCAAAGAAUUCGUGAUCCAAAGUGAUGCGUCCAAAACCACGACCGCCCGAGCGGCAUCGGCAAACCACCAAAUUAAGGGUGGCCGCAACGCCAGCGUAACAACCGCAGGCGGCAGCAUCCAACGCCACCGAAGGGCGCAACAACAACAACAACAGCACAUCGACAACAAUGGUUGCGCGAAGCAACACCGCUCCAAAGCGGCAUCACAACCACCUCACUGUAGCGGCAACACCUGCAUAAAUGUGGCAUCAGUAGCAGAAGCACCAGCAACUCACCAGGGAGUGGGCAUCAACCGGGGUGAGCACCCAGGCACGAAAGCGCGCAACGUCAACAACAGCAGCGCGCAACACCAACAACAGCAGCUCGCAACGUCAACAACAGAAGCGCGCAACAACACCAACAACGAAAGCACGCAACACCAGCGACAACAACAACAGCAGUGCCCCUACCAAGGCCUGCUGCAACAAGGGCGACUGGUGCGAAAAGUGAAAAUUAAACGAAAGAAAACGCAUCUUACAACGCGCGGUUGUGAUUUCAAAUGUAAUAAAAUACAUCGUGCAAGUAAAAGCACAGUCCAAGUAAAAGCAACCGCAACGUCAACAACAGCCGCGCGCAACAACACCAACAACAGCGCGCAACGUCAACAACGAAAGCGCGCAAUACCAGCGACAACAACAACAGCAGUGCACCUACCAUGGCCUGCUGCAACAUGGGGUGAGUCCUUCGGGCCUAUAUAUACACACCUACGUUUUUAUAUGUAUGCGAAAUAAGAAAAAGAAAAACUAUUAAUAGCAACGACGAUAAGCAAAAGUAAACAAACAAAUCAAAAUAAAGAUCUUCAGGCUAACAACACAGCUAACAAUAAAAAGUACAUUGGAGUAACUUACGUACCAGGACUAACAAAUAACCAGGCGCUCAGGAGAACAAUAAAGAAUGAAGAUAUUACAUAUGCUCACAGACCGCACAACACAAUAAGCAAACUGUACACUAAAACAAAAGACAGAAUUCUGAACAUAAUGUGGUGUAUCAAAUAGAAUGUAAGGGGAAUGAUACUGAAAGCUGUAACAAAUGCUACGUAGGCACAACAAAAAGAUCAUUGGGUUCAAGAAUAAGCGAACAUAAAGCGGAUGAGAGAAACAAAAAGAUGACAACAGAACUGGCACAACGCUUGACGAAGCACGAACACUUUGCGGACUUCGGGAAUACGAGAAUUUUGGACAUCGAAAGAGGGGUAAAAAGGAGAAUGACAUUAGAAAGCCUACGUAUACAACAAAGACUUGAGAAUGCGAUCAACUUUAAAGAGGACGUAGAUAACACCAACAACGUGUAUGCAGCUGGAAUCAAUAACAAAUAUAAAUAAGAAUAUAGGAUUCGAAUUUGGUAAUAUUGUUGAAAAGAUACUUAAAAUGGUGCUAACGUUUAUCGUUUGUUAAACAAUUUUUGCCAAUAAUAUUUAUGUAAAUGUGGGUUCAAAGUCAAUUAGUGUAAAGUAAUUGCCGUUAACUAUGUUUAUUGUUUUUGCAUCACCGAAUUUUACUUGCUAAUCAUGUUUAUUGUUUAUUUGUUUUUAUUUUUCGAAUAAAGACUCCCUGAUGAAGACGCGAGAGCGUUGAAACGCGUAGGAGGGUAAACGGAAAAUUUAAUUUUUUCGCUUUUUUAACUCUAUCGGCCGAAGCAGCUCCAACCCAGCAAACAUAACAAAUAAGAAUUUGGCCCAAAUAAUUAUAUGAAAAACUAUUAAAUUGACUUGAUGAAAAACUAUUAAAUUGACUAAAAAAUAUAUACAUAUAUAUAAUAAUAAUUAAAUAAAAAAUAAAUAAAUGUAGACAAGAAACUAAAAAAAAAAUUUUAAAACAAAGUUGCCAUAAAAUAGGGACAAUUUAACAAAACUAAAUGUGAAUGUCAACUCGAUAGAAGUGUAAUAACUUGAAAGUAGAAAAUAUGUAUGUAUGUAUAUAAGAACCAAAAAUAAUAAGGGAUGUAAAGAGUAAAACCAAAAUUGUACGAAAUUAACCCUAGAACACUAAUGUUAUUCGACUCGACUAACACCGAUUAUGUUUUGGGGUGAAGUUUCUUGAAAAUGCAUUUUUGAAAUGGAAUUUUCGUUAAUAAUAUGUAUACAACUAAAAUAACCUGAUGUAUAA